UUCAAUUAUAUUCAAUUACCAAAUAAAUAUUAUAUAAAUAAAAUUUUUACUUUAUCUAAUAGGUAUUAGGUACCUAUGGGUAAGUGCAAAAAAACCAAUACUUAUCUGAUACAAACGGUAUCUUACGAUUAUAAAAAUAACAUAGUUUAACGUUUGUCGAUCGAUAAAAUUGAAGAUUUUGAUAUGUUUACUGUUUUAAUGUUAUUAGUCUGUGUUCGAUAUCGUUGUAAUACAUAUAAUUUGUUUUGUGAUCCGUGCGUUAUUAAUAAUGGAAAUAUUAAAAUCGAAUAAAAAUAACGAAAAAGUUGCUUUAAAAGGUUAUAUGUAUACAAAACACAAAGAAUGUAAGCAGUUUAUUCGGUGGAAAUGCGUGAAAAGUAGUUCAUUUAAGUGUCCAGCUAUAUUAAAAUCAGCAUUAAACAAAAAAACAAUUUUAAGUACUCAUCACGAUCAUAAUCAUGCAUCUGAUCAAAAUGCUAUCGAAGCCGUGAAAUCUAAAAUUAAAAUAAAAGAAAUUGCUAAAGUUUCUGGAUCUACACCAAGUCAAAUUUUCAAUGAAAUUAUUAACUCAAUACCCAAACAAGUUUUAAAAAAAAUGCCUACAGAAGAAUCAAUAAAACGAACGAUCCGAAUGCAAAGAAGUGGAAAUAACCCUGUCGAGCCAACAGAUAUUAAUGAUUUGAUUAUUGAAGGGGAAUGGUCUUUAUGGAAUAAUCAACGUUUUCUUUUACAUGAUAACCGAUCUGAAAAUACUAAUGAGAGGAUUAUUAUAUUUGGUACGGACUACAUGUUAGAUUUAUUGAGUCAAUCUAAAGAAUGGUAUAUGGAUGGAACUUUUGGACUUGCGCCUAAAAAUUUUUUACAGUUAUAUAUUAUUCGUAUAAAACACAAUUGUGAGUAUGUAACUGCAAUUUAUUCGUUAUUACAAAGAAAGACACAAUCGACGUAUGAACAAAUGUUCAGAAUAAUUUUGGACGAAUGCAAUAAACGCAAAUAUUACCCAGACCCAAUUAAAGUACAUUUAGAUUUUGAAAUAUCUGUUAUUAAUGCUCUUAAUAAUAUUAUUGGUAGUCACUUAACAAUAUUGGGUUGCUUUUAUCAUUUAUGCCAAAGCACUCAUAGGCGUAUACAAAAACUUGGUUUAGAGAAUAGGUAUCGAACAGACGAGGAUUUUAGCCAUUUUUGUGCUAUGUUAGAUGGCUUAGCUUUUCUCCCACUAAGUCAUGUAAAGGAGGGAAUGGAUUAUAUUAAAACUAUUGUUCCUCCAGGUGCGGAGGACUUAAUAAGUUAUUUUGAUUCGGUUUAUGUAAGUGGUCCUUUGCGUCGAAUAGGAACUGAUAAUGAUUUAAGUAUUCGGUUUCGUCGACUUCCUCCUCAAUUCCCUCCAUUAAUGUGGAAUGUACACCAAAGUACCUUAUUAGAUGGUAGUAGAACCAACAACGUGUGUGAAGGAUGGAAUAAUAGAUUUAAUCAUUUGGUUGGGCAUAAAAAUCCAUCAAUAUGGAAAUUAUUAAAAAAUAUGAAAAACGAGAUGGGGGCUGAUAAAGCUAAAUUAACAUUGAGCGAAAUUGGGCAAUUAACUUACAAACGACCACAUAAAGGACAUAUAAUGCAAACUCGGCUAAAAAAUUUAUGUGAACAAUUUUCUAGGGGAGAAUUAAGUGUUCAAGUAUUCCUAUCUAAUAUAGGACAUAAUAUAAGGAUGAAAUGUGACUAA